AUGGGUCGAUUGGAAAUCGGUGAUGAAGAAGUUAAUCGUCAAUAUUCAAGAAAUCCAACUCGUCAGAGAGAAAAACCGAGAACGAUCGAUAAAGACGAUUGUUUUGUUAAACUGGGCGUAGUUUCAUCAUCUAAAUGCACAGAGCGAAAGAUUUCAAAAGUACAAGUAGAAGAAAAUAAGAAAAAAGAAGAUGAAGAGCAACCUGCACACUUAGCAGAAGAGAUCAACGCCGUAACAGCACUUAUGAUUUAUAAUACUUAUUCGAAAAAACAUGAAUUUACUUCUAGUGCUCAACAUCGAGCUAAAAUUAUUUCGUAUUCUAAAAAUAUUCGUGAUGAAGCUGAUCGACUCGAUGUUUUGUACUCAUGCUUGAACGAACAAAUUACGACGACAAAGGACGACACGAUGAAAAAAUCGAAUAUUCUAAGUAAGAACUUAAGAGAUCGGUUUGUUAAACUAUCGGACAUUGAAAAACUGACGAAGUUUCAAGAAAACGAACACUCACGAGUUGCUCAAGAGAAAAAAUCUCAUUUCGAUCGGAUACCAUUCAUUCCAAAUAUUCUCUCAUACCAACGGACAUGCCCUUACUAUAAACUUGAAGAAAUGAAAUGGAUUCAAACACACCUUUGUUAA